CAUAAAAUCAAAGGAAUUUUUAACAAGAAAUUUACUCAAAUAACCCGAUAUUCGUCACAGAUUUACUUGCCGUAUACAUGGAAACAGCCAGAGCAUCCAAACCGAAUCGUGAAUCUAGCCGCCGAAGGGGUGGAUCCGAGGGAGCCACUGCCAGAAUCAUUCGAUUGGAGGGAUCACGGUGCAGUGACAGAAGUGAAAAAUCAAGGUAAUUGUGGAAGCUGUUGGGCUUUUUCGACCACGGGAAACAUUGAAGGACAGUGGUAUCUGGCUAAAAAGAAGCUUGUGUCCCUUUCGGAACAGCAGCUCGUCGAUUGUGAUACAGUUGAUGAGGGCUGUGACGGUGGAUUGCCCAGUAACGCUUACAACUACUCGAGUGAGAGAAAGAGAUGGAAAAAAUACUGUUCUCAACGUCUCCUGUGGUGGACGGUUGGCUCCCAUUUGUACGCUCUGGAGCAGAGACAGAGAAAUGUGCGGGAGGAUCCAAGGCAGAACAACUUUGUGGGAUUCCCAAUAAAGAGCCUAAUUUAA